AUGGCUCGACUGGCUGUGCGUCGGACGCGCUCACCAGAACCUGAAGACAGCGACUCAUCUCGCCCGCAGACGCCGCUCUCUACUGCACCCAACGACCGCAAGAGAGCUCGCCGCAACACAACUACCAGCCCUCAACCAAGAAAUGUGAACGGGGACCAGGGUCCCUCCCAGCAAAGACAUGGUGGCAAUCCAAGCCGCCUGCUAUCGUCUGGCAAGAGAGACGCAAACCAUCAGCCGGGGGCCAUCGUUCGUGUCAAGUUGACCAACUUCGUUACCUACACUAAGGCUGAAUUCUUCCCUGGCCCCAGCCUCAAUAUGGUCAUUGGUCCAAAUGGCACUGGCAAAAGCACACUUGUCUGUGCCAUCUGCUUGGGUCUAGGGUGGCCACCUACGCUUCUUGGUCGCGCGAAAGACCUCGGCGAAUUCGUUAAGCAUGGGGCGAGCGACGCCCAAAUCGAGAUCGAGUUGAAACGUGGUCCCAGCAAAGAGGGCGCACGACAGCGAAAGAAUCACAUCGUUCGACGAUCUAUUGUGAAAGAUGGUAACAAGUCGAAAUGGUGGCUUGAUGGUAAUGAAAGUGGAAGCGCAGCAAUCAGGGCUCUGGCGUCGUCGUUCGGUAUCCAAAUCGACAAUCUGUGUCAGUUCUUGCCUCAGGACCGAGUCGUCGAAUUCGCUCAGAUGAAGCCGCACGAAGUGUUGCUCAGCACUCAACAAGCUGCCGGCACGCCGAGGAUGGUCCAAUGCUACAACGUUCUGCUGAAGCUGCGUAAUGAGCUGAAAGAACACUUGGGCGGUCAGCGGACUGAUCGGGACGAGUUGGACAACCUGAAACGUCGACAUGAGGCACAGCGUGUGGAAGUUGACAGAGAGCGGGAUCGCAAGAAGUACAAGCAAAAGCUUGAAUACUUGCAGAGAGCUAAAGUUUUUCCCGAGUACAUCUCUGCUAAGGCCACUGCUGAAGAAGCCAAAGAAGCGCAAAAACGUCUCGCGAAUGAGUUACGACAACUUGAGGAGGAGGCCGAGCCAGCGUUGCGGAAAGUCAAAGCAAAGCAAGUCUACAAGCACAAGGUCACCCUCCUCAAAAAGCAAUGUGAAGAAGAGCUUAAAGCCUCCAGUGGAGAAUGUGACAAUGUCCGAAGCGAACUCGCUGACCUUGAGACCAAAAUGCAAGACUUUGAUAACCAAAUCAAAGCCGAUAGAGACCAGGUUAGCACCAAGAAGACCGAGCUUCGAAAGCACCAGAUGCGAGUCCAGCAGCUGGAGAAUCAGUUACAACACCCUCCUCUAGAGUUCGACCCAAGAGCAAUGGCUGAAGAAAUCAACGAUCGGAAUCGUGAGGUUACGGAUCUUGAGGCGGACAAGAGAAACGCUCAGGACAGGCGCGAUGGCCUAGAGCGCCAGGCCGAUAAGCGCAAGCACGACAUUGCGAACAAGGAGCAACAGAUCAAGAAUUUCGAUACCCAGGCCGGCCGGCGCGAAAGUCAGCUUGAGACUCUCUCCAAAGACACUGCUCAAGCCUGGCGUUUCAUUCAGGGAAAUCGAAUUUUGUUCGAGAAGCCCGUCUUCGGCCCUCCUGCUGUUGAGUGUACGGUGGAGAACAAAAAUAUGGCCAAAGCCAUCGAGUCCAUGUUGCAGGCCGGCGAUUUCAGGAUCAUCACAGCUCAGACUCAGAACGAUUAUGAACUUCUCCAGAAGAAGCUCAUUGGCGAGUUACGUCUUCAUCAAAUCAGCUUGCGACUACGGUACGAGGAUGAGUCUACCAAUAUCCCAAAGCCUUACACGCUGGAGGAACUCCGCCAAUAUGGUCUGCAUAGCUUCGCGAUUGAUCACAUUCAGGGACCUGCUGCAGUUCUUGCGAUGCUUUGUGCAGAGAAGAAGUUGAAUCAGUGUGCUAUCGCAAAUGGCCGCAUUACUCAAGAGCAACAUGAUGCCAUGAAGACCAGCAAAAUCCAAUCUUAUUAUGCUGAUGGUCAAAUCAAUUCGUUUCGUCGCCGGCUAGAUCUUGGUCCAGACGCGAUAUUGUCAAUGAGCAAUUCUGCUAAGGAGCCUCAAGUCUGGACGGACAAGCCAGUCGAUCACGGCCGCAAGGCUCUUCUGCAGCGCGAUGUUGCUGAACUACGUGGCGAGCUUGAGGAGGCACAAACUGGUAUCAAGGAGUGUCAGGCCGAAAUUGAGCAGACUGCAGACAGAAUCAGAGAGCUCAAGACUCAGGUUGAGGCUAUCCGGAAGGACAAGACCGAGAAGCAGAAUGCUCAGACUGCAUUCAAUGCUCUACCUCAGAGGAUUGCCGAUGCACAACGCCUAGUUGCUGAAGUUGACGACUGGCUUCGUAACGCUAGGGAACGCCGUGAGACAUGGAUACAAGAAAAAGAUGAGACCGCUGUCGAAAGAGCUGAGACUGCAGUACGAUUUGCCGAUGCCAGUCGGGGUUUCAAAGAAGCCAUGCUCAAGUUAAUAGAGGUUGAGGUUCAGCUCGUUGAAGCUACCUCGGAUCAAGAAGUCUUGGAGCAACGCAACAGCAAUCUUAGGGUAGCUCUCGAAGAGAGGAAGACUGCACAGCGGCAAGCCGCGGACCGCGCGACGACUGCCUUCAAAAAGCGGCGAGACCUAUGGUCGCGAGUCAAAGCCAUUAGCGAGGAAGCACAAGCCGAGAAAGAAGCCGGCAACGAUGAGUUCCUUGCGCUCAUUCAAGACAUGACAACAAGGAAAUGGACGCCCGAAGACUGGGAGGGCGAAGUCGAAACCGUGAACGCGAACAUAGCUCUCACUGAGGGCGGUAGUGGUGAUGCGAUCCGCCAGUACGAGGAGCGUGAGAAGCGCAUAACGGUCCUUGAAGGACGCCUUUCCUCCUUCGACGGAGAGGUUCAGAAUAUUCGUGGAGCCAUCAAAGAUAUUCGCGACGAAUGGGAGCCAGAGCUCGAUAGCAUCGUGGCUAAGAUCUCCGAUGCCUUCGGCGACAACUUUGCGCGCAUUGGCUGUGCCGGCCAGGUUGAGGUGCACAAAGCGAGCAGCACAGCGAUGGAGGACUGCAGCGACGAGAACGGUGGACAAGGAAAUGGUCUCGACUUUGCCAACUGGGCUAUACACAUCUCGGUCAAGUUCCGUGAGAACGAGCCAUUGAGUUUGCUGGACAGCCAUCGCCAGUCCGGAGGCGAGCGUGCAGUGUCGACCAUUUUCUACCUCAUGGCACUGCAGAGCCUCUCGCGUGCUCCGUUCCGUGUCGUGGAUGAGAUCAAUCAGGGCAUGGACGGGCGCAACGAGCGCAUGGUUCACGGUCGCAUGGUGGAUAUCGCAACAGCAAGCCGCGAUGACGGCGGACAAGGCAGCCAGUACUUUUUGAUCACGCCGAAGCUACUGAGUGGUCUUAAGUACAAACGCGGCAUGACUGUGUUGUGUAUUGUCAGUGGCGAGAGCGUGCCCGGUGAGGGGGAGAAGGCGAGUCCAGAUGAUCGAGAGCGGAUUGGAUGGGAGGUGUACCCGAGAAUGGACUUCACCAAGCUCGCGGAGACGGCGAGGGGCCUGGGCCUUGCAACAUCUGUUCCCGUUGGUGCUACCAUGGGUGGACUGGGUCGGAGGGUCGACUCAGGGGUUGCGCUAGUCGGAGCCUGA